GGAUCUGGCGCCAGGAUCCUAAAUGAGGAUUUCUCCGAUUCCUCUUACCUUGAGCCUUGCUUUUCAUCACUACCCCACCCCCUGCCUUGCACAUAGUUUUAAACGGAUCAGAGUUGCAAUUAACUUAGGCUCGUGGCAUAUUCACCCCUAUUGUCUGAAGCUCUGAAGAGGAAGGCUCCUCCUCCCUUCCCCUCCUCUCCUUGUGGCGUCUGCUGCCCAUAAGCCCUGAUAAGGUGUGUGCACAAGAUGAAAGGUGAGAAGCUAGGUUUACCCUGAAACCUCCAGCAAAAGUCUGGGGUUUAUGACAGUCACCAAAGCAAAAAAAAACCAAGAAAGAAAAAGUCACCUCUGAGGUCUCAGGACCGGCAGGUUUCACAUGAGCUCUGCGGACCAGCCAGUUUAACUCAGUUACCAAGCCAAGUUCCACAGAGGAGCUGAAGAGGUUUUUUUAGCCAUGGAAACCUCAUGCAUGGAAGGGUUCGGGCAGUUCAUGCAGGUCGCUCACCAGCCUUGUCUUCAGCCUGCACUGGGUUCUUCUGGCUUCUCCGUCACUCACUGCGUAUCUCAAAGCUCCAUGCGAGGUUACUGUGCUGGGACGUUCCCAGGCCCUGCUGACCUACCAGCCUACCACCAGGACAAUUACCGCAAUGGGGUCACCAAUGGAGAUUGGUACGGGCAGAUGCAGGACGGACCAUACCCACCAAUCUCUAGGUACAUGGGACCGUCUGGAUUUAACAUGCCCAGCACUGGUUGCCUGGGAUAUAUCGGGGAGGUGGCCAAAUCUACCCUCUUCCUGCAGAACACGUCCAGGCGGAAGAGGAGGGUGCUUUUCUCUCAGGCUCAGGUUUACGAGCUGGAGAAGAGGUUUGAGCUCCAGAAAUACCUGACUGCUCCUGAGCGGGAGCAUCUGGCCAAGGUCACCCACCUGACCCCCAACCAGGUGAAGAUCUGGUUCCAGAACCACCGCUACAAGAUGAAGAGGCAAGCCAAGCAGCGGGACCUGGAGCAGCCGCGUAGCCCAAUCUCAGCGCUUCACAAGACCUGCGCCAGGAGCCCUGUCACCUCCCACGCUGACUAUGGCUUUGCAGAUCCUGAGCUGGAGAAUAAAUCCCCUCCGGAGGCCCAUUACAACCUCCCCGGACUUGGGCAAGGUGGUCUCAAAAGCCAAGGCCUGGCCGUGAGCCCCAACGCUACUGUAGACUGUCAGCCCAAGGCCAGCAACAGAAGCCUCAUGUUUAGCAAGUCGUGGUAGCUUCAUCUGGGGGAGGAGGGGUUUAUUUUCCCGAACUGAGAUCAUUCCACAAAUUCAACAAGUUCACAGAAAAUUUGGCACAAUUCAAAUCUCAAUUUUUCCACUGAAAAAAAAAGUUUCAACGAAAACCAGUUUUUCCCAGUUCUAAGGUGGCCUGAUGUGCCCCAUUUCACAGCUGGGGAUCUGAGGGCAGAAAUACUUGUCCAAGGUCACACGUGCAGCAGUGGAGGAGGGAACUGAACUCAAGUCUCUAGCCUUCACCAUUAAUUCCCCAAACUUACCUGCCUACAGAGGUGGGUGGCACUUUGGAGUGGGCUAGGCCAGAGCUGCAUCCGCCUUUGAGGGAGCCUUCAGAACUGGCAGAGCGUACGUAGCUAACGGUGCCUGACUGCAAAGGUUGAGAACAGAGACCCCAACAGAGCUGCUCACAACACACAUCCCAUUACUCCCCUCUGCUCUCUCCAGGGUACAAGGAACACAAACAUGAGGCAUUUCUUUUUAGCACAGGCGCUUUGGUUUGGUGACUGCAAGGCAGCAUUAACGAGGGACAGCUGAAGCUAGUGACACCUCAUUUGUAAAAUGCUGGGUAUCACGUUAGUCUUAGAAAUGCCAUUUCUUUUUCAUUGUUCAUUUUGA